ACUCUUUCUUUCUCUCCCUUAAACACACAAACACACACAAUGCUCCACGGCUCCGGCUACCUUCUAUUCUGGUGAUCAUAAUUAUUUGAUGACAGAGCUUCUGGUUUCUCAACCAUGCUUUUGUGCACUCGAUCCAGCUGUGAAUAAUUUAGCAUGGAGAGCUAGAAAGGUGGUCCCUUAAAACAGCAGGUGCAGUCAAACUCAGGAGGCAGGACACACACACACAGAGAGAGCUCUAUCUCCACCACUCAUCCACCCACUCCUUACACACAGCUCCACAGUCGUGCUCUCCUUCUCAGCCUGCAUAUCAACAUUGUGUCUUCAUCCUUCCAUCAAUACCAGCGACCUGGGUGUCCAGAAGUUCCUCACAUGGACUGACCCCUUUCUGCAGUCCUCAAUCAGCCACCAUGGAGGAGCUCCAGAGAAAACUGAAUCAGCGUUAUGAAGGCGCCAAGCCCAGGAAGGUGAGGUUCAAGCUGGCGUCGUCCUACAGCGGCCGGGUGCUGAAGCAUGUGUACGAGGACGGUCAGGAGCUGGAGAGCCCAGAGGAGAAGUAUCCUCACAGCUUCGUUCACCGCAAGAUCCCACCAAGUCACCUGGAGAUGGAUCAGCUCUGUGGCUUUGAGGAUACUCAGGGGGACCCACAGGGUGUCUACCCUCCCACGGGGCUCAUCGCACAGAGAAUAAACGUCUACAGAGGAAUGGCCGGAUACAAACCUUCAGCCGACCAAACCGGGGAAGCAGAGGGAGACGGCACAUCCUCUGUUUUGGAUUUUGGCAAGAUAAUUAUCUACACCAGCAACCUGCGCAUCGUCAGAGCACCACCGAGGAACCCUGAAGCGCUUCGGCACCAAACAGUACCUUCUGUGGACUUAGAGGGAUACCCAAAGGCGAGGGAGAGGGGGAGCCGGAGGAGGGCUAAAGCUCUCUGUACACAAGACGGGGGGGAGAAACAGAUCAGCGACUCAGAGACUAAGGGUCGUUCGGCAGGACGCAGUGCAGGUCCCCCGUACCACACAGUGAUGCUGCUGGUGAGAAUGCUCUCCGUGGUGCCUGCAUGA